UCCCCCCUCUUCUCCUCCCCUAAAACCCUAGCUAAACGCUACCUCUCCCUCUCUCGAUCCAAAACCCACAAUCUCCUCCUCCCUCCUCGCGCCAUCGCCGAUCACAGCGACGCUGCAUCAGUCGCCAUCGACAACGACCUCUCCGCCGAUUCAACCGCAUUCGUCGUCCGCGCUCGCAACCGGAUCGGCCUCCUCCAGGUCAUCACCAGCGUCUUCAACCUUCUCGGCCUCCGCAUUGACCGCGCCUCCGUCGAGAUUGAUGGAGAGUUCUUUAUCAAUAAGUUCUUUGUUGUUGAUUCGAAAGGAGGGAAGAUUGAGAAGAGGGAGGAUCUGGAGCGGAUCGAGCGAGCGAUUAGGGAUGCGCUGGAUGAAGGUGAGGGUGAGGCUGGAGCUGCGAGGCUGGGAUCGAGGGGGAUUGUGAUGAGGAAGGCGGGCCUAGGGUUUGAGUUUGGAGACAGGAAAGCGAAGGCUGAGAGGAUGCUCGAGCUCAUGGAUGGAUUCUUGAAGAACGAUCCGGUUAGCUUGCAGAAGGAUAUUUUGGAUCACGUGGAGUAUACAGUUGCCAGAUCGAGGUUUAGCUUUGAUGAUUUCGAGGCUUACCAGGCCUUGUCGCAUAGUGUACGAGACCGUCUUAUUGAGAGAUGGCAUGACACUCAUCAAUACUUCAAGAGAAAAGACCCGAAAAGGCUUUACUUCCUUUCUCUGGAGUUUCUUAUGGGGCGUUCUUUAUCGAACAGUGUUAUUAACUUAGGUAUACGGGACCAGUAUGCAGAUGCUUUAACCCAGCUUGGCUUUGAGUUCGAAGUAUUGGCUGAGCAGGAAGGAGAUGCAGCGCUAGGUAAUGGUGGUCUUGCGCGUCUUUCUGCAUGUCAGAUGGAUUCUUUAGCCACAUUGGACUUUCCUGCUUGGGGUUAUGGUUUACGUUAUCAAUAUGGGCUGUUCCGCCAGAUCAUAUUGAAUGGAUUUCAGCAUGAACAACCUGACUAUUGGCUGAACUUUGGAAACCCAUGGGAAAUCGAACGUGUUCAUGUUUCUUAUGCUGUUAAUUUCUAUGGGUCUGUUGAAGAAAAGCAUUUCAAUGGCAACAAGUUCAAAGUUUGGAUUCCUGGAGAGACGGUUGAGGCUGUUGCUUAUGACAACCCAAUACCAGGUUAUGGGACAAGAAAUACUAUCAAUUUGCGUUUAUGGGCAGCUAAACCUAAUGGCCAGUAUGAUAUGGAGGCUUUUAACACUGGAGAUUACAUCAACGCAGUUAUUACCAGCCAGCGAGCUGAAACAAUUAGCAGCGUACUCUAUCCUGAUGACCGGUCUUAUCAGGGCAAGGAACUAAGGUUGAAGCAACAGUACUUUUUCGUCUCAGCUUCUCUUCAAGACAUCAUUCGGAGAUAUAAAGAUUCUCAUAGUAACUUCGAUCAAUUUCCUGACAAGGUGGCACUGCAACUGAAUGAUACUCACCCCUCCCUCGCAAUUCCUGAGCUUAUGAGGGUUCUUAUUGAUGAAGAACUUCUCAAAUGGCAAGAGGCGUGGGACAUCGCUUGCAAAGUCUUUUCCUUCACUGCCCACACAGUAGCUCCAGACGGAUUAGAAAAAAUCCCAGUUGAGCUGCUGAGUAACCUUCUUCCACGACAUUUGCAAAUAAUAUAUGAUAUAAACUUCUUGUUUGUGGAGGAGCUUAAAAAGCAUUUUGGCCUUGAAUACGACAGGCUCUCCCGAAUGUCGAUUGUUGAAGAAGGUGCUGUAAAGAGUAUUCGGAUGGCUAAUCUGUCGCUUGUCUGCUGUCAUACUGUUGAUGGUGUUUCUCGUGCUCAUUUAGAUAUAUUGAAGGCAAGAGUGUUCAAGGAUUUUUAUGAGCUUUGGCCUCAAAAGUUUCAAUACAAGACAAAUGGUGUUACUCAGCGUAGGUGGGUUGUUGUUAGCAAUCCUAGUCUAUGUAGUCUCAUCUCCAAAGGGCUUGGAACCGAUAAUUGGAUCCGUGAUAUAGACCUCCUAAUGGGAUUAAGAGAGUGCGCAGAAGACACUGAAUUCCAACAAGAAUGGAAAAUGGUACAUCAGGUCAACAAAAUUAGGCUUGCCGAGUUCAUUGAAGCAAUGACUGGCAUGAAGGUCAGCCCAGAUGCAAUGUUUGAUGUGCAGAUCAAGAGAAUACAUGAGUAUAAGAGACAGUUGCUCAAUAUACUUGGCAUCAUCCAUCGGUACGAUUGUAUAAAGAGCAUGAGCCAAGAUGACAGAAGGAAAGUGGUACCCCGAGUAUGUAUAAUUGGGGGAAAGGCUGCUCCUGGUUAUGAAAUGGCGAAGAAGAUAAUCAAACUAUGCCAUGCAGUUGGGGAAGUGAUCAAUAGUGACCCUGACAUUGGUGAUCUUCUGAAACUGGUAUUUAUUCCUGAUUACAAUGUCUCUGUUGCAGAGCUCAUAAUACCAGGAAGCGAUCUUUCACAGCACAUCAGCAGGUCAUGAAGCAUCUGGGACUGGAAGCAUGAAAUUCCUGAUGAAUGGUUGUCUACUUCUAGCUACAGCUGAUGGCUCUACAAUUGAAAUCAUUGAAGAAGUAGGAGAGGAAAAUAUG